GUUAGUAAAUGACGCAUUUGACGGCAGUUGACACAGCAUUACCUCGUCUGUGUCUGGUAGGACAGCACCGCGGCCAGCGUCUCCUGUUUCCUCGCAGCGGACCAGUGAACGCACCUCGGAGGCAAUAGUGUGUUGCAGAGUGAGCAGCUAUGGGGAAGGAGAAACUCCACAUUAACAUUGUGGUUAUUGGACAUGUGGACUCUGGCAAGUCCACCACCACCGGUCACCUCAUCUAUAAAUGUGGGGGCAUUGACAAAAGAACGAUUGAGAAGUUUGAGAAAGAAGCUGCAGAGAUGGGAAAAGGCUCCUUUAAGUACGCGUGGGUUCUGGACAAACUGAAGGCCGAGCGUGAACGUGGCAUCACCAUUGAUAUUUCUCUUUGGAAGUUUGAGACCAGUAAGUACUACGUCACCAUCAUCGAUGCUCCAGGCCACAGGGACUUCAUCAAGAACAUGAUCACCGGAACGUCUCAGGCCGACUGCGCUGUGUUGAUCGUGGCUGCGGGAGUCGGUGAGUUUGAAGCCGGCAUCUCAAAGAACGGGCAAACUCGUGAGCAUGCUCUCCUUGCCUACACCCUUGGAGUGAAGCAGCUCAUAGUGGGCGUAAACAAGAUGGACUCCACUGAGCCCAACUAUAGCCAGAAGCGCUACGAAGAGAUUGUGAAAGAAGUCAGCACUUAUAUCAAAAAGAUCGGUUACAACCCUGACACUGUAGCCUUUGUGCCCAUCUCUGGCUGGAAUGGAGACAACAUGUUGGAGCCCAGCCCUAAUAUGACCUGGUUCAAGGGCUGGAAGAUCAACCGUAAAGAUGGAAAUGCGUCAGGCACAACCCUGCUGGAGGCUCUGGAUGCCAUCCAGCCCCCCACUCGCCCCACAGACAAGCCCCUUCGCCUGCCUUUGCAGGAUGUUUACAAGAUUGGAGGCAUCGGUACUGUACCUGUGGGCCGAGUUGAGACAGGAAUUCUGAAACCUGGCAUGGUGGUGACCUUUGCCCCCGUCAACGUCACCACUGAGGUGAAGUCGGUGGAGAUGCACCAUGAGGCCCUGACCGAGGCGCUGCCUGGUGACAACGUGGGCUUUAAUGUCAAGAACGUUUCCGUCAAGGACAUUCGCCGUGGCAACGUAGCCGGAGACAGCAGGAACGACCCACCACAGGAAGCGGCUGGUUUCACCUCUCAGGUGAUCAUCCUGAACCAUCCUGGACAGAUCAGCGCCGGCUACGCCCCCGUGCUUGACUGCCACACUGCACAUAUCGCAUGCAAGUUUGCAGAGCUGAAGGAGAAGAUCGACCGUCGCUCGGGAAAGAAGCUGGAGGACAAUCCAAAGUCCCUGAAAUCUGGAGAUGCUGCCAUCGUGGAUAUGAUCCCUGGGAAGCCCAUGUGUGUGGAGAGCUUCUCCGAGUACCCACCACUGGGGCGUUUUGCUGUCCGUGACAUGCGUCAGACGGUGGCGGUGGGAGUGAUCAAGGGCGUGGAGAAGAAAGCCCCCACGAGCGGUAAGAUCACCAAGUCAGCACAGAAGGCGCAGAAGACCAAAUGAACGUUGUGCUGGGCUGCUGCCCCAAACGCUCAGCGUGGCCGAAGACACACUAGCAUCCCGCCCCUUCUGCACACCAUAGUCAGCGUCUGGUCUAUUAUCACAAUGCAUCGCAAAAGCAGACGGAGGAAAAAAUGUGACCUCUGCACAGUUAGUGACUAACAUGUUAACUCACUGUCAUACGUAGGUUUUAUUGUCUUGGCGGAAUAAUAACAAGUUGCCAGCUGUUGUAGUUCAAGUUAAGCUGCUCAUUGAUGUAGCCAAAAACAAAUAGUUUCAAGGUAGACGUGUUCUUUUUCCAGGUCUUUGUUGAAGUAAUGCUUCAUGUUGUAGCUUUAAAGAGAAAACCCAAGAUAUGCUCACUAACCAGAUAGAUAGACUGGCAGCCUGCAUGCUCGCCGUUAGCGCAUUAGAGAAACCAGCUUUAGAAGCUAGCGCCUUGCACUUUGCCUGACCUCAGCUCCCUUGUAGUAGCACUGAUAAAUGUUUCUGUAAAGUUUGUGCACCCUAAAUGCUGUUAUUUGUGAGCAUACAUGUAAAAAUUAAAGAUGUUUCAAAAUG